CUUUAAUAUUAAUUUAACAUGGAAAUUGAGGAUUGGGAAAAAAGAUCUGAAAACACACCACUUAAAGUACACAUGAUUGGUAUUAAUUUAAGAAAAUUUUAAGCUGGUUGCUUAGCAGGAUUGAUUGAACAUAUAUCAAUGUUACCAUUGGAUAAUGUGAAAGUACAGUAUUAACUAUAAAAUCUAGACUCAUCUUUAAGUACUCCCUGAUUCAAAGUUCUCAAAGACAUUUAUAUCAUUGAGGUAUAAACUAUACCAAAUUUUAGGAAAUAAGGAUUAAAGACAUUUUUUAAUGGAUAUGGAGCAGUAACAGCAGGUUGUAUGCCUGCUCAUGCAUUUUAUUUCAGUAGUUAUGAGGUAUAAAUAAUUAAGAUAUUUAAGAUUUUGAAAACUCUACUUGAUGUUAAUGAUGAAAAUAUCCAUGCUUAUGCCUUUGCAUUUAUUGGAGCAGUAUCAACUUUAUGGCAUGAUCUAAUCAUGGUACCCUUUGAUGGUAUGGCUAUUAUUAAAUUUCAGUUAUAAAAUAAAGAUAGCAAAUCUAAGAGAAGUGUUUCAGAAGAACAGUGAAAACAGUCUUAAAGUAAGAAGGACUGAUCGCAUUUUAUCGAAGUUUUCCAAUUACUUAUGUAUUUUAAUUAACUACAUUUAGUUAAUGUCUGCCCCUUAUUAAGCCAUAUUUUUUGCUGCCAAUGAAACUAUUAAGACUUUAAUGUUUAAGAAAUCAGAACAUAAUUUUGUUAGUCAUUUUUGUUGUGCAGCUAUGGCAGGAUGUGCAGCUGUUUGUGUUAUGAAUCCAUUAGAUGUUAUCAAAACCAAAUUUCAGACUUAGAGUUGGCAUCUAAACUCUUCAUUGGUCAAAUAUAGUACUUUCUUAGGAACCAUUAAAAUAAUUUUGAAAGAAGAGGGUUAUCUCGGUUUUUAUAAAGGAUUAUUACCAAGAUUAUGUAUGUAAACUAUGUCUGGAGCUACAGCAUGGGCAAGUUAUGAAUUCAUUAAAAGAAAAUUACUUCCUCUUUCAGUUGUUAAUUGA